AUGGGUGAUCUCAGUGAAGAGCUUGUUCGGCAGUUUCAGGAUGUGUGUGCAGUUGAUGAUGCAAAAGCAAUUCAAUUUCUCCGACAUUGCGACGGAAAUCUGGAAGAAGCAGUACAGCUGUUCUUUGGCUCAGGCGGCACGCUAAGCGCAAGUUUUCAUGAUGAUGAAAACAACGCAAAUGAUGAGGUAGAACUUCGUCAACGGAAUGUGCGUUCUAGAUCUAUUCAAAAUGAGCGAACCGUUCGCCGCGCACAUUUUGGAAGGCCCGCGCCUGUUGGUUGGAUGCAAUGGUUUCGUACUCUCUUCACUAUGCCAAUGCAGUUUAUCUGGCACUCUUUCUGGGACUUGUUAGCGUUUUUCAUGGCGUUCUUCGAGAGUUAUACUCGACCAGCUGUAACGGAUCCAAUUGGUGAUAUAAAUGCUUUCCUAGAACAACAGUCUAGAAUACUUGCCGGCUCCCAAGUGCAAUUGCCUUUUUCGCAUGUCGCCUUUGCAGAAACGGCACGGCAAGCCAAGCAACAACUAAAGCCUCUUCUCGUUUACCUUCAUUCACAGAGAGAAGCGUCAACCCGUUUCUUGCGAGAUUCCUUGGCAUCACCUGAAGUUUCUCGUUUCAUAAACGAAUCAGAAUUUGUCUUAUGGGGAGCUGGCAACGAUCGACCAGAAGGAAAAAAUGUUGCGUUCAAUUUACGAGUUCACAGUUAUCCAUUUCUUGGUCUCUUGUAUUUUGAGAGCGGCAGAAUGCAUCUUGUUUUGAGACUCGACAAGCUUGUUUCCGCUCAGGAACUCUAUCAAAUUUUGACGGCAAAGUAUCAGGAGAUUCGGCCACAAAUCAUGGUUCAACGUUACGAAAAAGCUCAAAGAGAAGAAGAUACCCGUUUGCGUGAACAACAAAAUCGGGAAUAUGAGGAAAGUCAGCGGAAGGAUCGCGAAAAAGCGGAGCUUAGACGUGAGGAAGAAAAUCUGCGCCAACAAGCUGAAGUGGCAAAGCGUGAUGCCGAAGAAAAAACUCGCUUGCGGAAUGAGCAUUUGCGUGCUUAUCGAGCUGAUCUAGUUGAAAAGGGAGAAAAUACGCAAGGAAACAUUCGUGUUCAGGUACGUUACCCUUCUGGUGACAGAACAAUACUUCAACUUUUAAAAGAAACUAGCCUUGAUGAAGUAUUUGAUGCUAUUUAUCGACAAAAAGCCUGCCCAACUUACUUUUCUGUAGCAACGGUUAUGCCCCGAACGGUGCUGAAUCUAGCUCCAAAGUGGUAUGUCGAUUUGUGUGCAGAGAAUGAGCGCGAUGGAGGAUCACCGUUGAACGCUGAACCUGGCGAUGGAUUAACGGUGGAAAGCAUCGGGCUAGAAAAUGGUACCACGAUCAUGGUGCAAGAUUUGAACGCU